GAGCGUGGCAUCACAAUGGCAGCGAUCGUGAUAUUUUCCAGUUCCGUCGCUUACAGGUACAAGAGCAGAAUAUGCUCUUGCGCCUCGGUCAUCGCCUUCCUGUUCAUCGUAUUGUCCUUCCUCACACCGUUUUUUAUAAUCAGCAACGCGGGAGGUGUCUGGAUGAAAAAUCGGGUGCACACGGAAACGCCGGACGUGCAUUUCAAUUACAAGUAUUUGCUGCUCGCGGAGGUGGAUCCCUACGAAGAGCCUGUCGUGUGUACCACUUUUAAGACUUACAAGGAGAACGAGAUCGAAGAUCGCUGUAUGCUAAUUAAGGUGCGGGAGACCGACCUAAAUGGCGACGGGCAGAAGGACACGCUGAAGUUUGAGGCGCACUUUUACACGGACAAACCAGUGAAAUCCCUCAGACUAUUGCUAUUCUUCAAUUUUAAAUUAAAGCAUUUGAUCCAGACGACCAUAGAAUCGAUUGGCGUAUUCGAUCAAGUGUUGAGUCACGAGACUCAGGAGAUACGAUUCUUCGGUGAUCUGGAGCUACGGCAGAAGGGACUUCUACAUAGUGCAGGCCUCUACGAGACGUACAACGAAACCAUCGAGUUGUCCAAUUACACUCUGCCCGAAUUGCUGUUGCAUAAUUUUUACAGAAAAUUUUCAGCCAGGAUCAUGAACGAGCGGGUAACGUGGCGGAGCGGCUUCUCGCGCGACGAGGCGGUGGUGGUCAUCGGCGAGUUGUUCUACGCGGAGAACCUGAUUUACUAUCAGCCGAGCGUGUGGGAGGAACUAAAGUGGGCAUGGAUCCAAUACCUGUCGUGCCUGCUCGUGUUCGCGUACGUGACCAGGCACGUCCUGGUGUACCUGUUCAGCAAUAGAUACCUGAACACUUACAUUGUAAGACCGUGGACGAAUAAAUAGAUGGAUCACGACGGCGCUCUCAUCAUGUCUACGAAGUCGAAAGAGAAGGUCGUCGCUGCCAUCCGGAAGCUCUUCCGAUCCUCCGACAAGAUCGCAGAGCAGGAGGGAGCUAGCGGCUCGACCGGCUCGCCAUCGAGGAGACUCCUGAAUCGUCAUCACCGUCCAGAUGCCAUCACUCCGGCAGACGGACCGCUACCGGAGAAUCCUGAUGGCACUCACGUCGACCGACCCUGUUUCUUCAAGGCGAAGAAAUCCACGAAGGAGAAUGAGUGCAAGGCUGCCUGCGACGUUGGCCUGCGUCGGCUGAUGAAGGAGUUCAACAGGGUCCAGAGAGCGCAGCGCCACAGCGACUCGGCCUUCACCGCUGAACUGGUCAACGACAACGUGUUCGAGUGGUUCGUUCGGCUGCACAAGAUCGAUCCGGACAGCAAGCUGGCGGCCGACAUGCGUGAGUUGAAAAUACCUCACAUAUUGCUGCACGUUGUCUUCCCGAAGGAAUUCCCGUUCGCGCCGCCUUUCAUGAGGGUGAUCUCGCCGAGGAUCGAGCAGGGCUUCGUGAUGCACGGCGGCGCUAUCUGCAUGGAGCUCCUGACGCCGAGAGGAUGGUGCUGCGCGUACAGCGUCGAAUCGAUGAUCAUGCAGUUCGCCGCCAGCGUUGUCAAGGGACAAGCACAAGUGGCAAGGAAGUCGAAACCGAACAAGGAAUAUAAUCGCCAAUUGGCCGAGGAGUCGUUCAAGAGUCUGGUGAGGACACACGAGAAAUACGGUUGGGUGACACCACCGCUCGCCGAAGGCUGAUCGCAAAGCACAUAAUUAUCGAAAGUUCAAUGAGAUCUAUUCGAGAAGAAUUGUUUCUUGCUCCGGAAGAGACACACGUGAGAACCGACGUGACCGUUUCUUUUUUUUUAAUUUUCCCGGCAACAUCGAUAGUGAUUUCUUUGUGCCGUAAAGAUCAACCGAAAUGCAAUUUCGUUGUCGCGUAACUACAAUGAGAAGAACGUACACGCAGGUGCGGGAAGAGUGCUAAGCCGGUCGGAUAGAUGGAAAGCAUGCGCGAUUCUUUUUUGUCAUUUUUUAACAUUUUGUAACAAGUACGAAAAGACUUGAGAAAGUUUCGAGGUUUUUAGGACAUUUCCUACUUUAUUUCAUUUACAGCGUGAUAACCGACUGAAUACCGACUGCAAACGUACUACUUUCAUGCCAAAAAUUUUGAAAAUAUACAUACAUAAGCGGAAAAUUUUAUUGAAAAUCUCGGAAUUUUUUUGAGUUACAUUUAUACCAUGCCAUGCCAAAUUAUUUCUUAGAACAAAUACGGAAAUUGUUAGGAUGAUAAUCUUAUCUGCAUUUCUUCUGAUUGACAAAUAUGUUAUAGGAUUAAUCUGUUAAAUGAAGAAGCUCAUAACAAAGUAUUCUGUUUCGUUAGCUUCAACAAGUGAACAAGAAAGAAGUAAGAAAUAAGAUAGAGAAAAUUGCUCAAUGACGUACAUUAAAUCUUUAAAUGUGCUUAUUUAUGUACAAUACACGUAAUCGGAAGAUCAUGAUUAACCGUGUAAAUAUGAACAACGAAGAUAAAAUGGACGUAGGAUGAUUCGUUUCCUCGCUUGGUAACUUCAUAAUUUUAGUUCGUCUCGAUUAAAGGCAAGAAUGUCCGCGCGAGAAUUCUCUCGCUAAAACGGAAGUCUCGAUUAAGAGCUUCUACGGUCUACGUUGUGUGUAAGACUUGAAAAUAUUAACGCAUCACGUAUGAUCCGCUUGCAACAUGUUUUUCGGUCAGUCAAAGCAGAAGUGUUUACACAAGUCGCAACCUUAAUUACAAAAGUGCACGUGCCAAAUAAACAAGAAUUAGUUUGAAGCGUUAAUGUGUGUAUUAAAACUCCAAACUUGGCGUUUAGUCGCGAAGGUUCGCGCGAUUAUCUUAAUGCUAAUGGUUGAAUUCGUCGAGAAGAAAUUUACGGUAUUACAAGGCUUUAGAUUAACGGAAAACCCAACUUAAUUGUCUAAAUAAUCGAUUUUAAUGCGAGAAGUAAUAAUGUUUGUACAGGAUUCUCAAAAGAUGUGCGAGUGCGACGCAAAAGUUGACUAUAAAUAAAAUAUUUACAGAUACAUAUGAGAGACCGUCAUUUUUUUCGAUGCACGUUAACAGUACUUUGGCCUAUUUACCGUACAUUUACGAAAGCUCGACGACAGGCAUGUACACCGUGUCAUUUUUCUACCGAGUGGAUCAUGCGGUACAUUUAGAGAAAUUUAGGAAUGUUGAAUAAAAAUAUACAGGAAGGAAAGAGCGCCAACCCUUCUUAUCUCCGUUAAUUAAUCUACAAAUUCAUUGCAAGUUAUAAUUAGGAGCGAUUUUCAGCGCCGUUUUAUCAAGUCUGUUGGAAUAAAAAGUUGCUAU